CUCCCAGGGGAGAGUCGCGGGGGCCAGGGGGCGUAGCGGGAGGAAUGAAGGUUGAGAUUAGGGAUUGGGGAGCCGGUCCCGCGGCGCCCCAGUGAAUCCGUCGGGCUCGGGGACCCAGCGGAACCCCCCGCGCCCGCCUCCCCCCCCAUCCGCCGGCGCGAGUGGGGCGGCGCGCUCCGCAGGGCGAGCAGCUGAGCGACCCUCGGUGCUGCGGCCCCCCGCGCCCCAGCCCGCCGCGCCCGGGCCGCGGGCGGCGCCCCUCAUUCUCCCCCCGGGCGGGGGAGCCCAAGGCAGCGCCGGAGCCCGGGGGGAGCGCGGCCGCGCCGGCCAGGGCAGGGGGCAGGCAGCCGGGACGGCCCCGGACCUAGAGCUACAAAUCAUCAAAGCUGGGGUUUGUGUUCGAGCUCUAAAAGCCACAGGAACUGAGCAAGCAAAACCGGUAACGAGUCCAUCUCCAGAGUCCUGCCCCUUCCUGGGCAGCAGCAGCUGUGCGGCACCAGGCCCUAUGAGCUCCGAGGGAAGUCAAAGACUCAGAGCCGGCUUUUAGCUUGCCACUGUUUAGAACCACUAAGCUUAAACGUGUCUAGGUGGUGGCCACAGAGGGCCAGAGGCAAGCAGAGGGAGCAAUGGUUGGUCCUGACGGUGGCUGAGCCCCCAGCCCCUGGAAUAUGCAGCCCGGAGGAGCCCCAGGCAAGGACGCGGUGGCGGAGUGGGGCGGGAGGCAUGGUCUCCACCUACCGGGUGGCCGUGCUGGGGGCGCGAGGUGUGGGCAAGAGUGCCAUCGUGCGCCAGUUCUUAUACAACGAGUUCAGCGAGGUCUGUGUGCCCACCACCGCCCGCCGCCUCUACCUGCCUGCUGUGGUCAUGAAUGGCCAUGUGCACGACCUGCAGAUCCUGGACUUCCCACCCAUCAGCGCCUUCCCUGUCAACACACUGCAGAAGGGACAGCAGGACAGACUGAGACCUGAGAAGGAAUGUUCUCAGCAGCUCUGGAGACCCCAACCAGAUCUCUUACCCAAGGGCCUAUCCUCCCAGGAGUGGGCAGAUGCCUGCUGCAGGGGACUCCGAAGCGUCCACGCCUACAUCCUGGUCUAUGACAUCUGCUGCUUUGACAGCUUUGAGUACGUCAAGACUAUCCGUCAGCAGAUCCUGGAGACGAGGGUGAUCGGCACCUCGGAGACACCCAUCAUCAUCGUGGGCAACAAGCGCGACCUGCAACGCGGACGCGUGAUUCCACGCUGGAACGUGUCGCACUUGGUGCGCAAGACCUGGAAGUGCGGCUACGUGGAGUGCUCGGCCAAGUACAACUGGCACAUCCUGCUGCUCUUCAGCGAGCUGCUCAAGAGUGUGGGCUGCGCCCGCUGCAAACACGUGCACGCUGCCCUGCGCUUUCAGGGCGCGCUGCGCCGCAACCGCUGCGCCAUCAUGUGACGCCGCGUGCGCCCAGCAGCAGCACUGUCCCAGCGAAAGGGAGGGAGGGGCGGGGCCAGCCUCCCGCGGGACACCAGGGCCAGAGCAGGGAACCCCCGGAGAAGAACUCUGGACUCCGGGCCUGAAGCACCCCUACAGCCACGCACCUCCCCCACGAGAAUCAGAGGGCGAGAGGGAGCCUCCCCGCUACUCCUCGUCCUCCCCUCCCACCUGGGUCUCCUUGGGUCAGCCACCUUCAGUGCUGUAGUGUAGUGCCCGGCCCCAGGAGGGGCCACAACCUGUAGGCCAAGGAGCGUGUGAAAUGGAGGGUGGGGUGAGGAGGUGCUGUCUUGGCCGGGCCCCUGCCCAUCUUCCCCACAGUGUGUCUGUCUUUACCCUACUUCCCCCCUUCCAAUGUCUGUCCUCUCAAGUGUCUGUCAGUCCUCUUUUGUCCUACCUACCCUCUAGUGUUUCUCCCUGCUCCCCAGCUCCGCUCACAGGGCUCUCAUUUCCUCCAUCCCCUUGUCGCGGAUCCUGGCAGGUUUUUGAUGCCAGGCCUUCUCCCCGGCAGCGCCACCGGCACAGGGCAGAGAGAUGCAAGUGUCCUGAGGACCAAAGCCAAGGGGUCCAAGGGCUGAGGUCCGACAGCUGUCAGGGAAAGAAGGCUGAGCUCUCCCUCAUCCAGGGAGACCUCCCUGCCCAGCAGCCCCCAGAGACGCAACCACCUACCUUCCAGCCUUAACUCAAUGGUCCCUGCCGGGUGCCCCUCGCCCCUCUUGACCCUAAAGCCAGAUUGCUCCCGGGCUAAAAUUCUUUUUUGUUUUGUUUGACAGUGUGGAGAGGAUAUUCCUCAAAGGAUCAGUUUCUCUCCAUAAUGCCUAGGUCCCACUUGCCUGUUACCUCCUGCACUAGGAUGGGCUGCUACAUUGAGGGAUAUGGAGUUUGUGGAGGAUGGGGGGUGGGGAAGAUGGUGCCCGGGAGGGGGUCACGUUAUGCUAGCGAUGAUUCUGUGUCGCAGUCCCACCUCAGUCCAACUGCCCAAGACUCUGCCUCCAUCAGGUCUCAGGUUGUCUUGAUCAGUCUGUAUUGGGGCAGAGCCGAACGAGGGAGUUGUGCCCGGGUGAGAUAGGCAUGUAUCCCUACCCAUGCGUGGAGGCCCUCAGGAUCUGACCCCUUAUCCCAACACCAGAUUGGCCCUAUGCCCUAAUUCCUCACCCACCCCAUUUUCCCCGGCUGCCUGGCCGGGUUUCUACCUCUCGUCACCGGAGCUGAUCACUGUCAGUUUUGUACCGAUUUAGAAAUAAUACUAAUGGAGAUUCCAGGAGUGGCCUGAGGGAUUGCUCGGGGACUUGGAGGGAGGGAGGAAGAAGUGGUUCCAUGUCCCCUGCCCUGGCCAAAGAAAGUUCCUGAGGCUGAACCCUCAGCCUCAGCCCUGGUCCAGUUGGGAGCAUGAUAAGGACCCUUUGUCAAGAGGGGUCCACAGGACGCCUGUACACAGGGGUACAUAGCCUUUGUCAAGGCUGCAGUGCACAGACCAGGAAAUCAGGUACCCAGAGAGGUGAUGGGGAGGAAUCUGGGGGCAGGGGUGGGAUGGGGAAUUUAUGGUGUCCCCGUGUGGGAGGGAAUUUAUGAUUCUCUCUUCUGCUUCCCCACUGAAUCGCACUCCCUCUACCUAGUGGGGCACGGCAGUACAACAACAGCAGCCCUCACUCUGGGGCAGCCCAGCGUUCUGGGUUCUAGUCCUUGCUGUCCUGCACAAUUUUGGGCUAGCGAUUUGCCCUCUCUGAGCCUCCCUCUGAAACAGAGGCAGUGGCUCCCCUUCCCCACACUUCAGAGUGGCUGGGAGGGUAAGGAGAAGGGGUGCCCACUUUCCUCUCCUGCAGCCCCACCACUGGUUCCUCGGGGUGUGGGGUAAAGAUGGCAGCCUCCCAUGUGCCCGAUCACCCCCCAACUCUGGGGCACUCGAGGUGAGGAUGGGGGAUCCAGACCUCUGGCUUGCCUCCACUGGGGAGUCAUUGGAAUGUAGCCCCCUCACCCUUUCCUCUUCACCCCAGGUCUUGGAUUUCAGGUCCCUCCACCCCCAUUCUGAGUCUCUGUCCUUCCCCUCCCCAACCAGGGUUUCCCACACAGGGUCUGGAGUGUGUGUGACACCCACCGAGCUGUUAUUGGAAGUCAGAUUAAAAAUCAGGGAGUGUUUUCCCUCGUUUCUCUA